UAGGAUUUCAGAGUUGGGAGAGCGAUUUUGGCACUUACACAAAGAGGACGGUCAUCUCUACCCUAAAACGCCCUCCCUGCUUUUUUUUACAUGUCUGUCCUCUCAUCCCUUCUACUGAGAAACAAUAAGACGCGUUAGAACCUCCGGGAUGUACACGGCCGGGCUCAACCCGUUUUACGCAUCCAAUUUUAGCCUCUGGUCCGCGUACUGCGCAGGGGGCUUCGCUGUGGAUACGAUGAAGAAACCCUCGUUUUGCAUUGCAGACAUUUUGCAGGCUGGAGAUGCGGAGAACAUCCCCGGUUCGUCGGCCCUCAUGGUGCAUAUGGGACACCAUCGUGCGCAGGGGCACUCCGGCAGCUCCCCGCUGCGCCCUUCUCCUGUUGCGCCUGAGCCGUCGGUGUAUGCGAGGGUGAGUCCCGGGUCUCCGUACCACAGACACGGACUACAGCUAACCUCAGUCUCCAGAACGACAUUUAACUCCCAGCAAGCUCCUCCACCUUCAAGCAAAGACCUCAAAUUUGGAAUUGAUCGGAUAUUGUCGACAGACUUUGAUCCAAAAAGCAAAGAAAAGUCGUCGUUAAGAGAUCUCACAUCCAUCGUUAGCUCGAACCGUCAGUCAGGGAUCCACAUCCCCAUUCAGCCUCCGGCCAGCCAGUACUUCUCCUCCAUAGACCCCGGGAUGGUCGACGCUUCCUCCAUGAUGAGUUCACUAGGCUGCAGCAGCAGACAAUCAGGCCAGCAUCAGUUUCAGGACACCUUCCCAGGUCCCUAUGCUGUCCUCACAAAAGACACAAUGCCACAGACAUACAAGAGGAAAAGGUCAUGGUCGCGGGCAGUGUUUUCAAAUCUGCAGAGAAAAGGACUCGAGAAGAGAUUCGAAAUACAGAAGUAUGUCACCAAGCCAGACAGAAAACAGCUGGCCGCCAUGCUCGGGCUGACAGACGCUCAGGUCAAGGUCUGGUUCCAGAACAGGCGCAUGAAGUGGAGACACUCCAAAGAGGCGCAGGCUCAGAAAGACAAGGACAAGGAGCAGCCGGACAAGACCCCGUCAGAGUCCAGCAGGGAGCCCAAAGAGCCGGUGGAGUCGGAGUGUGAGAGCGACGUCAGGAGCGAGUGUGAUUCAGACGAGGCCCAGGAGGAGAACUCUGGACUUUUGGACGUUUCCGAGCAUAAUAAAACCAGCGUGAUCAUGAGCGGGAACGCGCCGGCGAGCAGCACGGAGACAGCGGCCGCAGUCACAGACACACCGGCCUCACAGAUACUGAUAUGAAGGCGAUUCAUGAACAGUAACUUGUGAUUUUGACAGAAGAACGACAGUGAUUUUUAAAUGCAUCUGGAGUGGCAGGCACAGUCUCAGAUCCUUAAACCAGGCCUGGAUCAAACAGACAGUAUUAUCUGUUAAAUAUGAGACAUUAUUACCGUCCUACGUCUUAAAUAAAGUCCAAACACAAGGAGCGAAGGCCAUAAAUAAUUUACUAAGAUUUCUUUACCUCCAUUUUUUUCUCUGAGGCUGUAAUUAUAAAACACACUUGCAAAUUGAAACAUCGGAUUUGUAGCCAUCUCCAGUGUCUCCUUGCUGUCGUUUUCCUCUCAGAGCUUCUGUGUGCAUGGUGAUGUCCUCCUUCGUCUGAGGGAAAUACGCGGUUGUGAAUUUUAUUAUUAGGUUAUGAACCACUCGUUUCACGUCCUAAAGGAGAUCUCAGAACAUCACGCUGUGUUCAUCAUGUAUUUUAUGUCUGGAUAUAUGGUUGUGCUAUUUUGUUAAUAAUAAUUUGCACUGAAAAUAUUGUAAAUAAAAUGUUUCUUACUUUAACAUUUGGAUCACGGCGUUCAAUGUAUUAUUAUCAUUAUUAUUAUUAUUGAAUUGUUUGAAAUUGCAAUUUGCUCGCUCAUGAUGACUAAGU